AUGGAGACGGUGACGGUUCGAAUGUCACGGGGAGAUCGGACAACCCCAUGGGGAUUUGGAGUCACCGAAGCCCCGUCAAGGGAUGUUGUCAUCGUUAAUGUAGUUGGUGGAUCGUUGGCCGAUCGAGCCGGUCUCAGAAAUGGGGAUAUUCUCGAUGAGCUUGAGGGACUGCGAAAUCUUGACAUCAACGCGACAGAUCGUCUCUUGGUGACGAGUCGGGACAAAAUCGAGCUCGUCGUGCAUAGGCAGCCUUAUCGACGGCAAAACGGGAUGGGUGUGAUGGAGAUUCGAGCAUGUAUUGGAAGGGAU